UGAACUUGCAGCUGUAAAGCAGUGAAAAGUUUAGAGGUCACUUUUGAAGGCAAAGCAGUGAAAUUAACUGUCGCAUGAAUAUUUAAAGGUGCAGAUCGGAUCCAUGGGAAAGGAAGCGGUGGAAUGACCUCCCACAAUGCAUCAUUUCGAAGCAACGUACUCCUCAGCAGCUUCCCGAUCUGAACUCUGAUGCUGCGCUGAAGGCGAGGAUUCCCUGCAAUGAGUCCUGUCUCCCAGCAGCAGCCAUGUGAGAGGAGCUGUCAGCAUGCAGAGGAUGCCCACAUCCAGCUAAAACAGAGCAGUCCUCCCCCUUCCCAUCCUCCGCACCUGCUCCCAUCCUCCUUCCCAUAUGAGGACAAGAAGAUGACUAUCACCAGCCGGCAGUCCUUUAAUGUCCUGACGGUCAUCUUCCUCCUGCUGUCCACUGCAGCUCUCUCGGCUCAUUACCGGGUGUGCGAACCCUACUUCGACCACAAAGGGCGGUACCACUUUGGAUUCCACUGCCCACGCCUCUCAGACAACAAGACCUACAUGUUCUGCUGUCACCACAACAACACGGCCUUCAAGUACUGCUGCAACGACACAGAGUUUCAGAUGGUCAUGCAGGUCAAUCUCACCACCACCGCGGACGGUUACGCACACAAUAAUUACACAGCCCUGGUAGGCGUGUGGAUCUAUGGCUUCUUCGUCAUGGUGCUGCUGGCUCUGGACUUCCUCUACUACUCAGCCAUAAACUACGAGCUGUGCCGGAUCUACCUGGAGAAGUGGGGUCUGGGCGGCCGCUGGCUGAAGAAGGCCCGGAACCAGUGGCACCGGUCCAUGCCCGAGGAGAGCGAGGUCCAGGCCCAAGCCCAGCCCAUGGUCCCCAGUAGCCACUACCAACCCAGACACAGCCUCAGAGGAGAGAGCCACAGUCCGACGCUCCUGCCCUACAACACGUCCACCGCAUGAAUAAUGCUGCGUGGACAAACUGAAGAGUAGCAACACCUGGUUUCCUUAUACAGAACAGAGGAGAUGUCCCAGAACCCCGUCUGCAGCGUGGACUGCAGAUUCGUCACCACCUUCGGCCUGGCCGUACUGUAGUAGUUUGUAGUGACUACUGCCAAUACGUAAUGAGCACAAACACCCGAGGACGGACAGAAGCAGGUUUUGUUUUUAUUAUUCUUGUUUGGGUUUUUUUAAUUGUUUUUAGGAAGAGAUGAUCAAAGAGGACUCUUUCAGCUGCAGCCUCAGCAGAAGAGAGACGGGUUCAUUUUACUGCUUAGAGGGUUUUUCUUGAUCCUUUAAAAGCAGCCGGCGACGAACUGGAAACCCGAAAGCCCGCCGGCCUACAGACACAGUUUCUACAGUAGAUAUAAGAUGUUUAUCACACCGCUGUGUCACUUUGUGUUCAGUAGCAGUUAGACACAGUCAUGGAUUAUCUAUUUGGUGAAUUAUUUAUGUGAACUAGUAGGAGAAUUUCUAUGAGUGGCUAACUUUCUGAACAUAUAACUGCUUAGGUUGAUGCUGAGCAUCUCACUUAGAAUGUUUUUUUGUUUUUUUUUAUUUGUUGUUGUUAAAACCAGACAAACGUGUUCUCAGUGAUGCUAAAAAAAAAAAAACAUAAGAAAAUGUUUGAACUCCUCCUUGAUAAAGACACAGCAUCACACAGUUUGUCCCCUGGUGGUUUCAUGAUCCUGACAUGAAGUCCUCCAAAGGUUCUGUCUCUUCACCCAGAACAUUAUUGAGGAUCAGGGAUGCCUUCGCAGCAGCAGGAAGCUUUAUGCCAAGUUUAAACACGUCCGCAACAACAAAGCCAGUUCGAUACUUUAAAGAUUAGUUUGUAAUAUUACGACUCGUCUGAAGCUGUACAAGCGGCAGCUUCAUUAGCAAUAUGAUGCAAUCGAUCAACAUUAAGCUCCUUUAUAAGGAGCACUCUGUAUCCUGCUCUGGUAAUUGAUAAUUAGCCAUGAUUUAAGAAAACAAAAAAAGGAAAUCCAUCCAGGCCCCAUCAACACUGGCAGCAAUAAUGUACAGCAGCCUAAUCAGAAAGAUGAACUGGUGCCAUGAGUCCAGUAGGUUCUGACUGGGAAAAUCACCCAAACGCCUCACCGCAGACCGCGUAUGCAGAGAGGAGGAAGAGAAAAGAACAUGUUCGUGUUUCAGAGUAAUGGACUCGUAAGAAGGUCUCCAAAGAUUCCUGUGUCAGCUUGGUAGGAGCUAAAUUAUCACCGCUUUGUGGCAGAAAGCUACUGGAGAGUCACAUCCAAUCAGAGCUUUCAGACUCCAAGUCAUUUACUGAAAAAUGCAAGUCAAAAUGCCCUCCAUGAUUUUCAAGUCUCAAUUUGUUGGUUUUACAAAACAAAAGCCUAAAACCACGGUACAGUGCCUUGUAAAAGUGUUCAAACCAUGUUGACGUCUUAAAAGUUUUGUUUACAUCACAACCACACCCUCAGAUGUAUAUUUUUGGGAAUUUUAUGUAGUAGAAGAAUCCUAAGUUGUUCAUAACUCUGACCCGGACAAAAGAUAUUUUGCCCAUGCUUUGAAAAAUAGCUCAAUGAAUGGCGCCACCAUCUUUCCCUGUCACAUAUGGUACAUUCAGUGUGAUCUGCUGUGUUUUCCUCCAAGCGCAAUGUUUGACAUGUAGCCAAAAAAUAUAUCUUGGUCUCAUCUGAUCAGAGAACCUUUUCACUCACGUAUGCAGAACCUCCUAAACACGAAAUGCGGCAAACAAAAAAAUAGAAAUUCUUCGAGGUUUCUUUCAAUAAUAAUCCCUUCCUGUCUUCGUGCCACAUGAAGAGCAGCUUCUCCCACCUGAGGCCUUCGUCAAACAUUUGGAUUUUCACUGAGCUUCAGCCGAAAGGCGGCUGGUUGCCCUGGAUUUUAUUUUAAAUUCUCCGAAAAUACGUCGAGGUUCUUGGUUGUGAUGUGGCAAAGUGUGAGAAAAACCUGUAGGGGUGUGAAUACUUUUGCACAGCACUGUACGUGUAUUUAUUUAUUUAUUUUGGAUUGAUGAGUGAUUAUAAACGAGUUAAAUAUAACUACCUACUAUCGCGACUUCACACUGAUUUUAGUGCCUGUUAGUCCACCGCCUGUUUUGCCCCGUUAAUGAAUGCUUUGCUCGAGUUUUAUCUUAAACUUGCAGAAACGUCUUCAGCUGCUUUGUCCUUUUGUUUUGCUGAUUUAUUCGUUCAGUCGGGUCCCAUUUAGACACACUUAAUGAUCUGCCACAGUGGACAAAGUCAUAAAACCUCAGCAUUCACAUUUAAAUGGCUUAAAGAGACAUUGGAGUCACUUUUGCUCCGAAUAUUAAUUACAGAAACACCAAAGUGAUUCCUAAUUGACUGACUAAAGGAUAUAAGGACAAUAUUCAGCUCUACAAUCAUCUGAAGAUUAAUGCUUCGGGCCAAAGUAUUUAAAAAAUCCCUUUCUUUGUGGAAAAGUUAUACAAAGCAACUUGUGGUCAUUAGACCACUGACUCCAAACAAAAAAAAACAAACCUGAUGGAGGAUUUGAUUCUUUAAUCUCAGCGCUCCACGGAGGUUAAGUGGAGCCGAUCGGCGGCGGCCGAACGGCGUCCGUUACCCGUUAUCUCCAAUGAUAUUCAAAUUUGCAGAGCCGCUAGAGCAACUUAAUUCCCACUUUCAGUCGCUGAAGUUUAAUUGCGCGCUUGCCCCAAAAGACUUGUUCCAUCAACUUCUAGGGGGCAGGGAAGAGGCGGGAUGUGUCCAAGCGAAAUAAUUGGCCCACAGCUCAGUUCUGGCUUUAAAUUACUCUCGCUGGCUCAGAGUGUGACGAACAGCAGCAGCAAACAGGAAGGUGAGAGUUUUAACAGGGUGCGGCAGGAGAGUAGUUUCCAUAAAUCUGGAUCAAUUUAGAAUUACGUUAUAUAUAUUUUUAGCGCUGUAGGAAGAUCUUUCUUUCUUUCUUUCCAUAUCACUGAUUAUAAAAUGCAUUAGUCUUACCCAGGAAAUUUUAAAUCCAACAUAAUUUCAAUAUGCCUCUGACAAGCAGUAGCAGGAUCGUAGAUGGAGUUCAUCAUCCAGAGAUGUUUCAGGAAUCCUGACUUGUUUUCAAUGUUCCGACCUGGUUUUAUUUAUUUAUUUUUUUGUGAUGUUUUCUGUUUCGUUGACAGUAGUCCUUCCUCUGGCCUGACGUGAUGUGGUACUGUUAAUCGUAUCAGCUCAAGCCUUUCUCCUGUACCGAAAAUAAAUAAAUAAACAGAUGGGAGGGAUGGGGGGGGGCAGAGGAAGCACACAGCUGUUUCGGGCUCUCCAGCUUGUUAUGGUAACAGUUGCCUUACAGUCAAACCCCCACCUGUACACAGAAGCGUUGUGGUGGUCGAUACCUCACGUUCCUCUGGGUGUGGCGAUGAGGGCGACGAAGGCCAUGACGUGCACCGCGUUCUGUCUAUGUACCUCCUACUAGAUAGAAUGUAACUUUUUUCAGUGAGAUUGUAAUUGCACUCGUUGACUUUGUAUUGUCACAAAAGGGAGUAAUAAUAAAGUUUUAUCUUUUCCAGUGUG